AGCUCCCUGCAUUUUCUACCUGUGAUUAAGUGGACUGAUCCAGUCACCCUGUUCAGCCAUAAUUACUACUGGCACGGACUGAAUAUGCCCUAUUGCACUCAUAUCGGUAUAUGUGGCCCCCAACAAUAGUAAUGCUUCAAUGUUGCCGGUGCAGCCGAGCGUCUCCAUUUGUUCUGAACGCGCACUGCAGUCUCAAUGCUCCGCUUGCGCUCACAGUACAGUAUAUGAGUGUGUGGAGCUUGGCUGCCCAGAUAGAGAAGUAGUAAGCGCUCUGUACUGCAGCACUGCUCUGUGGAAGGAGCGAGCUUUGUCCUUGCCUGGGGAUCACGUGUCCAGCAGCAGCAGCAGCAGCAGAGAGCGCUAGACAGGCAGAGCGAGGCACAGAUUGUCAGUAGAGGGAGGAGGAAGCACUGCGGGGACGGAGUUGCCCCACAGUCUCUCACACACUUGUUAUUCCUAUCAACUUUUUGCCUGCCUUUUUUCUCUCCUGCUAUCACUUAUCUUGCCCCCAGGGGAUUUCAUUCCGUUCCUCUGCCCAAUAAAGAGAGAAGGAGGGAGAGGACAGCAAUGCAUAAAAAGGCAGUCCUGCACCUGACCUGAUCGCUGGGAAAAAAAACUACACACACCAAGCAAAAGAAAUCCAGAUGUGAAUGGAAAUACUGGGAAUUUUUUUUACUCUGUGUAAAGGACAAGAAGACAGACAGGAUACAGCUUUUUUUUUUCUUGGAUCUCUGGACUGAAUUAGCAGAGCCUGCCAGGUCAUCUGGACUUUAAAAUAUAAAUCCUCAGAAUAUAAAAUUGGACUUUACAUACUGGAGAAACUGGGAAACGUCUGGAGGAGUUGGGGGAUUGUGCAGCCCCCACAAGACUUCCUCAGUCAAGGGACCUAUGUGCAUGGCAUAGUCUGACGCUGAAUGAAAGGAAUACACCUGGAUUAUUGUUGUAGGAGCAGGAUAGGGGUCCUAUCAGUAUGCAUUCAUUAGGAAGCAAGAGGAAUGGGGAGAAAGUCAGGACAGAGUGCCAGCUCUUCAGCACCUUCACUCUGCAGCUGGUGCUACUAUUGAUCUGCUCAGAAUGCUGCUGUAGGGCUCAGGUGUACAACCUAAGUUUGGCAGUAGAUGAGGGGCUGCCCCCUGGUACGUUAGUGGGGGACAUCCGUGCAGGACUUCCAGAGGGAAGCCCAGGAGAAGGCUUUUUCCUGUCAGAGGAAGAUGGAGAGUCCCUUGUUCUAAAGGACUUCCAGGUGGACUCAGAGACCGGCAUUGUAAGUACAUUACGGGUUCUGGAUAGGGAGAGAAGGGAACGAUACAGCUUUGUGGCAGCUACACUGCAAGGGGAGGUGCUGCAGGUGGAGAUCCUUGUAAGGGAUGUAAAUGAUCACUCUCCAGCCUUUCCUGUACUCUCCUUGCAGUUACAGGUCUCUGAACUCACUCCACCUGGUACUUCCUUUAGACUGCCCGCAGCCUGGGACCCUGACACUGGAGAACAUGGACUAAAGGGGUAUGUUUUAUUAAGGGGUAGCCAGGAUGAAGCUUUUAUUAUCAGGUAUGGACAUGGAAAGCAAGGUUCAGGGUCUGAAAAGGAUUUGCCUAUCUGGGGGCAAACUGGGGAACUUAGUGAUAGAGCGCAUGAUAACAGAGCAAGAGUGAGUAGAAGUGUUUGGGAAGAGGCUAUAGAAGAGGAACUGUGGGGUGUAAGUGGAACCACAAUGUCUAAAAGUAAAUCAGCAGAAAGCCAAAAAUUCACUGAAUAUAUUGAUCUAGGACAGGCUGAAAGAAGAUUAGAGUUUAGUGCACAUGCUACUACUGAAGGCAAUGUACAUGGUGCGGUUAGAGGCCUUAUACAGGAAUUAGAUACCAAAAGUCAAGACCAUGGUUUUGAUUCUACUGCCCAUUGGCAGGAUUAUGUUUCUGAGCUACAUGUAAAUAAAUUUGCCGCUAGUUCUGAGAGACACAGGGAUAGAGAGGAAGAAAGUUCCCAUGAAGAGGGAAUGGGAGAAGGGGUUGGAGCUGACCCUGCUCUCCAUCCUCUUGAUCUGGUAUUGAUACAAUGGCUAGACAGAGAAGAACUCGACAAUUACCAAUUAGAGGUGGAAGCUUUUGAUGGAGGUAAUCCUAGAAGGACUGGAAGGCUAAUUGUUGACAUUGUUGUAAUGGAUGCUAAUGACAAUCCCCCAGUUUUUGACCAGCUGGAGUAUAAAGGAUGGGUAUGGGAAAAUACCCCUAUAGGUACUUCUGUAUGUAUUGUUCAUGCUACUGACCCAGACUUGGGUAGUAAUGGGGAGGUUAGGUACAGUCUACGAUAUGGGGAGGACUACUUCACUGUAGAUGAAGAGAGUGGUGUAAUUAGUGUAAGUGGGCCCCUGGACAGAGAGCAAAGAUCUCUUCAUCAGCUUGUGGUGCAAGCAAGAGAUAGUGGUGACCAGCCUGAGGUUACAAGUAUUUUGCUAACAGUGAAGGUGCUAGAUAUUAAUGAUAAUAGCCCAGGCAUACACAUCACACUUAUCACUGAAAGUGGUAGGCCUGAGGUUUCUGAGGGUGCUCGAAUUGGGGAGUAUCUAGCUAGAAUAUUUGUGUCUGACCCUGACUUGGAGUCUGAAGAUGAAAUUUGGGAAGAAGGUGGUAGAGAUGGAAGGCUGACACAGGAAAAUGCAGAAAAGAUAGAGAGAUGGCCAGAAGACCCUAAAACACAAAGGGUGACAGCAAAGAUUAGUGAUGAGAAAGAUAAUGCGAUGCGCCACUCAAUAUCAAAUUUAGAACCACUGAAUAUGAGAACACAAACUCAAACAUCUCUGAACAAAGAAACUGAACAUACAAUGAGUAGUGGACAACCAGAUGAAAAUGUGUAUGAUAGACAGGUGGAGAAAAAGUGGCGUGUAUCUAGUGAGCAACAGCGUGUGUUUGUCAAGCUGGAGGGUGAGGAGGGCUCCUUUUCUCUUCAGCCUGCUGGACCCCAACUUUUUUUCUUAUGUGUUGAGGCACCUCUGGACCGAGAACUAAAGGACAUUUAUGAGUUGCAAAUACUUGCUUGGGAUACCGGUUCCCCUCCACUAAAAAGUCACAGGACAUUGCUUUUACAUGUCACAGACUUGAAUGACCAGCCACCCAUAUUCUUGCAUCCAGAAGGAUACCAAGCCAUUAUAUCUGAGGCUACAUCAAUUGGAACUGACAUAUUAAGACUUAAAGCUCAGGACUUGGAUGAAGAUGGCCCAAACUCAAGGGUAACUUACUCUCUCCAGGAGAGCCCAAAUUCUUCAAAAUUCAUCCUGGAACCAGAUACUGGAGUCCUGAGCAUUGCACAAUCAUUGGAUCAUGAAUCAGAUCCUGUACUGAAUCUGGUAGUGGUAGCAACGGACCAUGGUAGUCCUCCUCUCUCUUCCAGUUGUACCAUCACUAUAACUGUGGAAGAUACCAAUGACAAUGAGCCAAUCUUCUUGCAACAAUUCUACAAUGUAUCCCUCCAGGAACAUGCUGCGUUAGGAUAUUGCUUCCUUCAGGUUAAAGCCACUGAUGCUGACUCGGGUCCCUUUGGCCAAAUUCACUAUUCUGUCCAUGAUGGAUUUCAUAAUGCCAAGGAAUCACAAAGCUUUUCGAUUGACCCAGAUUCUGGACGUAUCUGUGUAUCCAGUGAUAUGGACAAGGAAAAUGGACCAGCUAGUUAUGAUCUUCUUGUCAAAGCAGAAGAUGAGGGUGGGCUAAGUGCCCAAGCCUUCGUUCGAGUUGACAUUGAAGACAUAAAUGAUAAUGCCCCCGUGUUUGAUCCUUCUACAUACGUGACAAGCAUUAGCAGCCACACCCAGCCAGGAACAGAGAUCCUAAAUGUCAUGGCCACAGACAGAGAUAAAGGAUUGUUCGGUGAAGUGACUUAUGAACUUCUAUCAGGAGAACACUCGUCUUUGUUUACCAUUGACUCAUCUACAGGAAUUAUCUAUCUGAUCUCUGUGCUUAGCCAGUUGGAAGAUUCCUGGGUGUCCUUGUCUGUAGCUGCUCGGGACAAGGGUGGUCUUAUUUCGGCUGUGAAUGCUGCCGUCACCAUGAACAUCCUGAAAACUGCCACGGCUCCUGCAAUAUUUGAAAAGUCCCGAUACACAUUUGUGAUUGCAGAAGAUGUGCCGACAGGUAGUGCUGUUGGUACAGUCAAAGCUAGAGAACCUUUAAAUUCACUGGAGCCAAUUUCGUACAGGAUAAUAUCUGGGAACGUGCAUCAGAUGUUUAAUAUCCACUCUCAGUUUGGUAUCAUCAGAACACAAAAGGAGCUGGAUUUCGAGUCUUUGCAACUGGCGGUGCUCACGGUUCAUUCGCAAUUGGGCAGCUCUUCUGUCUUCAGCAGUACUCAAGUCAACAUUACCAUUACAGAUGUUAAUGAUAACCCACCAGUAUUUUCCACUGAGUAUGAAAGGAUAACUGUGCACCAAAAUACGUCUCCUGGAACUGCUCUAUAUAUUGCUCAGACAACAGACAUUGAUAGUGGAUUCAAUGGACAGGUCUCAUACAGUAUUGCAAGUGAACAUCAAGACCUUUUUAUGAUUGACUCUACCAUUGGUAUUUUGUACUUGAACUCUUCAUUGGCGGCUGGAAGCGAACAUGUUCUUCAUAUAUUGGCAGAGGAUUAUGGCCAUCCUGUCCUCAGUUCUCUUCUUACAUUGAUCGUUACUGUGGAGCAAAAAGAGCAAGUGAAUACUUUGACCUUUGUUAACUUGGUGCACCAGAUAGAAAUAAGUGAAACCCUUCCGAUUUAUUCCCAAGUACUUCAAGUGAAAGCCUAUACUCAUCAGCAAAGUACUUCAUGUAAAAUAAUGUAUUCCUUAAGCCCAGGUAUUGAUUCAGCUCCAUUUGGAAUCCACCAGAGCACUGGAUGGAUCUUUUUGCGCCAAACCGUGGACUAUGAAAAGUCUAAAACCCACAAUCUUAAAGUGGUAGCAACAAGCAUUGACCAUGAAGCCCAGCAAACUGCAACAGCUUCUGUCAUUGUGAAAAUACUUGACGAAAAUGAUAACUCUCCUUCUUUUGAUCGUACAACUCAUUUUUUCACUGUCAGUGAAAGCCCAGUCCCCCAUGGUGUGAUAGGCUCAAUUCAAGCAGUUGACCGAGAUUCUGGCACUAAUGGACAUCUAUCAUAUUCCCUCUUGUCUGAAGGAAACGAUUUCCUUAUUAGUUCCAAGACAGGUGAAAUUAUAAAUUGUGCUGUAUUAGAUCGUGAACGGAAAACACACCAUAAGCUCAACGUAUUAGUGACUGACAAUGGAUCACCACGUCGCAAUGCCACAACCACGGUUUACAUUUUAGUAGCUGACCUAAAUGACAAUAAGCCUUAUUUUCCUCAGUUACCUUUAGGAAAACAGCUUCACAUCAAGGUCAUGGAAGGCCAAGCAGAACCUAUGCUGGUGGCAGCAGUAUAUGCAAAGGAUCCAGAUGCCGGGAACAACGGAACAAUUGUGUACUUCUUUGCCUCAGAUGAAAGUUUUGGUCAUUUUGUUAUUAAUGCCAGUACUGGUGAAAUAUGGACAACCCAGGCUCUUUCUGCAAAGCUAAGGCCACAGUAUGGACUAACUGUAACAGCAAGUGAUCAAGGCACCCCUCCGCUGGUGGAGCACGCAGUUGUUAAUAUUGAGGUUAUUCCAGCAUUUAAAGAGAAAUCUAAGAUUUAUUCCAAAAUAAGGAAACUGAAAGUGCCUGAAAAUACCUAUCCUACCCACAAAAUUGGCUCUGUAAUCUCUCCUGAAGAAACGUGGUUAUUGAGCAAUAGAAUACAUUACAGGCUUACUGAUGAAGAACACAAGGAGCAUUUUGUAGUUGACAGUUCCACCGGAGAUGUAUAUGUUUCUAGACAUCUAGAUUUCGAAACAACUUCAUACCAUGGAUUAAGCAUUGACAUGCAAGAGAGUGAUAAGAUAUCUCCUCCAAAUAUUUCUGUUUUCCUUACCAUUUAUAUAGAAGACAUAAACGACCAUCGUCCAUUGUUCCCUGAUCACUUUUUAGUUUUAGGUAUUGAUGAGGAUGUACCUGUUGGAACUCUUUUAUAUACCUUUAAAGCUAAUGACAAAGACGGCACUUUACAGAAUAGCAGGAUAAGGUAUACCGUAGACAUUCUCGGAACUGGACAGAAUCCAUUUUUUAUCCAUGAAUGGGACGGUGCCUUGACUACCGCCACUGAACUGGACCGAGAGACUGCAGAGUCAUUUGUUCUUACAGUAACAGCAACAGAUCAAGCUGCCAACAUAUCACAUCGCCGAUGGAGCUCAUUAAUUGUUAGGAUUAUCAUUCAGGAUAUCAAUGACAGUCCUCCACAGAUUGUAUCAUUGCCAGUUGCCCUAGUUAUGGAAGAUGCACACAUUGGCUCUCUUGUUCAUCGUGUUGCAGCUGAGGAUCCAGAUGAGGGAAGAAAUGGAAAAGUAGGAUUUCACAUUAAAGAUGGGAAUGCACGGCAGGUCUUCCUUUUGGAUGAAACAACAGGAUGGCUGACCUUACACUCUAAAGUAGACCGGGAAGUCCAAGACCAUUAUAUUUUGACCAUCUUAGCCUUGGAUGAUGGAAUCCCGUCCCAUUCUGCAACACAGACAUUAACAAUCAGUCUUAUUGAUGUCAAUGACCAGACACCAACAUUUCCGCAAGGUCUGUAUGAGGCUGCUGUUCCAGAAAAUGAAGAUCCUGGACUAUUUGUCAUAAAAGUGACAGCUGUGGACUAUGAUUUGGGAAACAAUUCCGUCCUCACAUAUGAGAUUAUGCCAGGACCGGCGUAUGGACAUUUUCGAAUGAAUCAGGAAACCGGGGAGUUAGUAACUGCAACUGUUUUUGAUAGAGAACAACAGGAUCAUUUUGUCAUUGAAGUGCUUGUGAAAGACGAUGGAUCCCCUCCACUUUCCAGCACAACAGCCAUUCUGUGCUCAGUAUUAGAUGAAAAUGAUCACACCCCAGAGAUUUUAUUUCCUGAUGUCGAGAUUCGGGUCCACGAGAACCAAGAUCUGGGAAUUAUUCACACAGUGCUGGCUGCUGACAAAGAUGCAGGAAACAAUGGCCGCGUUCAUUUCCAAAUAACUGAUGGAAACAUGGGCGGAUACUUUGCUAUUAAUAACACAUCAGGACAGCUAUGGGCCACCCGCACCUUAGAUAGAGAGGAUGUCAGCAGUUUUACCAUUACUGUGGAAUGCCGUGACCUGGGCAGUCCUCAUAGAAGCACCAUUGCCAAGCUUCGCAUUACAGUCUUGGAUGAAAACGACAAUCCACCUAUGUUUCCUAAGGGCCAAUACCGCACAUCUGUCAGGGAGGAUUUAAAGAUUGGAUCUGCCGUUCUAAAACUUCAGGCUUUCGAUGCAGAUGAAGGAUUAAACAAGGAAAUUGUGUACUCUUUAAUCGAUGACACUCGGGGUGCUUUUAGUAUAAACAGGACAACUGGAGAUAUUGUGACUUUAAGAACGUUGGAUAGAGAAGUCAAACACCAGUAUGUAUUUAGGGCUGUGGCAUGUGACUGCAGUUUACAUAACCCAAAAAGUGCCACUGUAAAAGUUCUGGUGUACAUAGAAGAUGUCAAUGACAAUAGUCCAGUUUUUACAGAAAAUCCCAUUCAUGUUCGUAUCUCGCCUAAAAUACCAGUGAACAAGACUAUAGCUAAUGUACAUGCCAGCGACAUGGACUUGGGUCUGAAUGGUACAGUGAUCUAUACUUUAGUAAAGCCUAAUUCAUUCUUUUACAUUACCCGGGAUAAGGGCGAAGUGAAACUACAAAUGCCCCUCCCAGCUGAAUUCAGUAGUACAGUUCUCCAAAUGGAAGCUUCGGAUCUGGGCGUCCCGUCGAACACGGUCACAGGUUUAGUGAUCAUUGAUGUACAAGGCCUGGAUAAGGAAAUUGCCUUUGUGCACAACAUUUAUGAAGCCAUUAUUCUGGAAAACAGUGCAGCAGGAACUUCAGUUGUGACUGUAAAAGCCCUCCAUCAUAAUCCAAAUGGAGAAAUAAUACACUACACAGUUUUCAGUGGAGAUAAAGAAGGGGCUUUUAAGUUAAAUCCUAUAACAGGAGACCUUAUAGUAAAAGAACCCAGGCUCCUUGAUUUUGAAGCUGUCAAUAAAUUCAAUCUAAUCAUCUCAGCUGAAAGCAGUCAGUAUGUCACAUACUGCAGAGUAACCGUCUUCAUCCAAGAUGACAAUGACAAUGUCCCUGUGUUUGACCAACUGAAUUAUAUAUCAUUUGUAUUAGAAGGCCAACCCUACAACACGUUUGUAAUCCAGGUUUUUGCUGCAGAUGCAGACAGUGGAAUAAACGGGCAGAUUGAUUAUUCAAUAAUUAGUGGUAAUGAGAACAAUGCGUUUGUUCUUGAUUCAAGGCAUGGCACUCUUUCAACCAAUGUAAUUCUUGAUCGGGAAAUAAAAUCUUCCUACAGAUUGACUAUUCAGGCAUCUGAUCGAGGUUCUCCCAGUUGCUCUUCAACAAGUGUAGUCACAGUAUUGAUUCUGGAUAUCAAUGACAAUGCACCCACAAUUCCCCCUAUGAAUGCUGUGUUCAUUCCAGAAGAUGCUGCUCCUGGAUACAACAUUGGAAAUAUUUCUGCAAAUGAUGUGGACUUGAGGCCAGACGUGUCAUAUAUUUUUACAGAGAAUGGAAAUCCAGGUUUAAAAUUUGCCAUUGAUAGAUUUUCUGGAACUAUAACACUAAUAGAGUCAUUAGAUUAUGAAAAAUCAACUCAGCACUGUCUAAGGAUUCAAGCCUCUGAUUCAGUAUAUUAUACAGAGGCAGAACUUAUGAUUGAGGUUCUGGAUGUGAAUGACAAUCCACCCGUCUUUACUCAGAAUAUAUAUAAGGUCACAUUGCCAGAAUUAACUGAGUCAAACACAUUUAUUACAACUGUAUCAGCUACAGACAAGGACUCUGAGACCCACGGCCCUAUCACUUACAAGAUCAUUUCACCCUUAAAAGGGUUUGCUAUCAACACAACAAGCGGCUCUGUAUACACGGAUUUGCCUUUGGGAACAGAGACUAAAAGUACAGAGAUUAAAAUUUUGAUAGAAGCCAAGGAUAAUGGCGACCCACCAUUAACUUCCACUGCAGUGCUGUCUGUUCUUAUACUCGAUGUCAACAACUACGCCCCAACAUUUUCUGAGAACAUUUACUAUGUCAACAUCAGUGAAGAUGCUUCAGCGGGGGAGACAGUUUGCACUUUAACAGCAAUGGACUUAGAUUGGUCACCUGAAAAUGCACACAUUGACUUUUUCAUUUUCAAUGGCAAUGCCCACAACCUGUUCUAUUUGGAAAACAGUGGAGUACUCUCCCACCUUCCAAUUAUAGUAACUGGAAAACUUAUCAUUAAUGAGCCUUUGGAUUAUGAAGAUGCCUCUGUACAUAGGUUAGAGAUCUUUGUGUCGGAUCAAGGGUUUCCUCCGCUAAAUUCCAGUGCAACCAUUAUAAUAAAUGUUCUUGACUCUAAUGACAACCCCCCGCUGUUCAGCAGUUCUGAAUACCAUGUAAGUGUGAGUGAGCAUCUGCCAUUAUAUAGUACAAUAAUCAUAAUUUCAGCAAGCGACUCUGAUACUGGAGAAAAUGCAGACAUCACAUAUAGUAUUGUAACUGGAAACAAUGAAAGUAUUUUCACUAUUAAUGAACGAAAUGGUACCGUUACCCUGGUGCAUCCUUUGGAUUAUGAAGAAACCAUGAAAUAUUCACUGACUUUACAAGCUAAGGAUGGGCAUGGAAGCAAUGGAAAUGUGGCAUUUGCCUUACUGUCCAUCACUGUUCUGGAUGAGAAUGACUUUGCACCAAAAUUCCUUUUUCAGAGCCAAAGCUGCAGUAUCUAUGAAAAUGUGCCAUUCUUUUCACCUGUGUGUACAGUUAAUGCCAUUGACUUUGAUUCGGGACAGUACGGCAUCCUCAGUUUCUCCAUUCAAUCUUCUUGCUUUAAUGACCAACAGCACCCAGCGACAUUUUUAAUUGACUCAUUAACGGGAGAUAUUUAUACCAAGCACAGAAUUGAUUAUGAAAUGCAGGAAAGACAUUGCCUCGUUGUUCAGGUGAAAGACAGAGGUGAUUCCUCUGCUUGUGUCUUAGUUUAUAUAGACAUCGUGGGAGAGGAUGAGUUUCAGCCAGUUUUUUAUGAAAGCCAAUAUUUAUUUGAGUUGCCGGAAGAGAACGUAGCGGGGCAGGAAAUUGGCAAAGUAGGGGCCUUGGAUAAUGAUGAGGGAUUUGAUGGAGUAGUGCAUUAUUUUCUUGAGAAGCCCUCUCAGUUUUUUUCCAUUAAUAUGACAAGUGGGAUGAUAUACCUAACAAGUACUGUACAUAAGAAAAGAAGUAAUGCAAGGAAGAACGAUGAAUUUAUUGAGUUCCAUGUAAAAGCUCACAGUCCAAAAUUUGAUUCUAAGUCAGCAACGUGUACCGUGAGAGUUAACAUUUCUUCAGCUCUUGAAGAUUACCCUGUUUUGUCAGCAAACAUACUUUCCAUCACUUUCAGCAUUUGUUUUGUGGUUUUCUUGCUUUUGGCUAUAAGUGUUAUUGCUAUUAUUCUUAGACAUAAGAGAAAAGAAGUUGUAAAUCCUUGUGGGAUUAAGGAGGUUACCAUUCCAGCAACUGACUCAAAAGACUGCAAAAGUAAAGAAUGCCCAAAAUAUGAUCAUAUCAAAACCAAUACAGCUUCAGAUACCCACGAGUGGCUUGGAUUAGUUGAUAUAAGAGAAAAGAAAGAUACCGGACCUAAAUGCAGGAAUUCUGACUCUAGUGGGCAUGGCUCAACAGAAGGAGAAACUGCUGAAGAUGAAGAAAUCAAGAUGAUCAAUGAAUAUCCUCUUAGGAAAGAAGCUGGAUCAGUUCUGAGUGAUAGAACCUCUCGGGUGCCAGAUUCUGGAAUACCUAGGGAUUCUGAUUUGCUUUCUUGUGAGUCAGAUGAAACUGACUUGGUGCUAAGGACAGAAAGCGCAGAGAGCAUCGUCAUUCUCAGACAUGGUAAAGAUGAAUAUAAUUCUAAUAAUAUUCAUGACAAGGAAGUGCCACACUCCAAUCAUAGUCCUUUGAAAACCAGUAAAGAUACACCUUUGCACAACAGGAUGGACUACAUAUUUGUCCCAACACCACAUGAAUCAAGGUAUGGGUCUCUUGCUUCACUGGUGGCAUCGGAUGAGGAUCUAAGAGGAAGUUAUAACUGGGACUAUUUGCUGAGCUGGGAACCCAGAUUUCAGACACUUUCGUCUGUGUUUUGUGAUAUUGGAAAUUUAAAGGAUGAGAAGAUGCACAGGCAUGGCUUGCCAAAACAAAAAAAACCUUUUAUAUUUCCACCUCCUUUAAUAACAUCUGUAGCACAGCCAGGUAUAAGGGCUGUGCCCCCAAGGAUGCCAACUAUAAUGUCUGGACAAACAUUUUUAAAAUACCCACGCUCUCCUUUUUUCACUAAUCUUGCAUGUCAGCCUUCAUCUAUGACCCCAACGUUUUCUCCUUCUCUGUCAAUGCUCACAGUGCAUACACCUUCCGCCUCUCCUGUGCUGUCAGGCACUGGUGUUUCUGGGAUAUCUAUGCCAAGUCUCUCAGAAGAACUACUUAUCCAACAAGAGUUCCAAGUGUAAACCUCAAGCCAUUGCAAGGUUCAUGGACAAUUAACACGUAUAUGGACGAAAUAAAGCAUAUCUUAUGUAACCCAUUGUAUUUCCUACAAAUAGCAAGGAGAUAUUUAUGUUCUGCUUGUACCAUUGUUUCUCUAAAUCAGUAAGUCAAUGGAGUUUUUAGGUCAACAUAAUGUUACCUUGAGAAAAUUUCUCAAAUAUUUGUAUUCUUGUUGCAGUGAAUUGCACACUUACAUGGGGAGAAAUGUUAUGUUUGUUUCUCGGUCUUUAGGUUCUAUACUUUUUAAAAAAUAAGGUUGACAGCGGUAAACUCGUUUUUACAGAGUUAGACCCCAGCAUGUUCAUGUAUUAUAUUUGAGUUCACAUUCAAUUUAGUAGACAACUUCCCAGUUGAAUUUUUAUUAGCUACUAAAAUUAUAACCAUUAAUUUUUCAUAUGGCUAUUGUGAAUAUUGUAUAAGUGCCUUCCCUAUAUAGCCAGUGAGCCAGUCAUCAUGCUGCACUAUUGUUGCCAUAUGUAAUAUACUAAAAAUUGUUGCCCCAGAUGCACAUCAAGAACAAUCAAUAGACUAGCAAAUACUUUCAGUUUCUUCAACAGGAAAUGUCAAAUCCCCUAUUUAUUGGAUUUUCCAGACAAGUUUGGAUUUGAAAAAAACCCAGGGAAGGCACUUUUCCCGUCAUACUUUCACCCAAGGAAAAAAACAUAACACAAGACACUGCUGGUACUGUGCUACAUUAAAGAAAGUGCUGGAAUCCUAAUGCAACUCCUAUAUGUAGAAAGAGAGAGUUGCUUACACAGUAUGUAGCCUCAUUUUUAUGCAACAUUCCAUUAGUGGGGGAAAAAUAGGGACACGUGUAUGACCUUUCUCUACAUAAAUAUAAUUCUUAUAUAAAUUUCUAUUUACUAGGGCUGCACUAAACAUCAAUCCUAAAAAUCCCAUUGGCGCCUUCCAUAUUCACUGUUCUCUGAAUAUGCCCUGGGCUUGCAACUGUUGAUAUCAGUGUUAGAACUGCCCUUGCAGUUGAAGCAUUGAAAGCAUUAGGGGCCAAUUUUUUAAACCUGGAUUUUUUCUGGAGACAACUCAAUUUUUUUAGAGGAAAAAACCUGGAAUUUUUUGAGAUUUAUUAUACCACAAAGCUGCUACAAAUCGGAAUAUGAAAAUUUUCCACCUAAAACCUGUCAAGGUCAUGAAGAAGUCAAGGGCAGAUUUCCCUUUUAUAAUUUGAAGAUGUUUCUUGAUAUGUGAUCUGUUCUGUUUUUCGCACAAUAAUCUAAAAAAAUCAGGGUUUUCGGCGACAACUUCAAGUGAAAAAAAUCAAGCGAUUCUGGUGUCAAAUUUGACAAACAAAGUUGUACAAUUUGAAUUACCACUUGAUUUUGUUGAGACUUUUUCCCGCCUGACUUUUUCAAGCUGAUUAUUUGAGUUAAAUUUGUGGAUGGAAGUUAGGUUGACUAUGUUUUAAAAAAGAGAUAAAUUUGAGUUUUAGUAAAUAUCCCCCCUUAUUAUCAACUGAUAAAAUGGCAGCAACAGAAUAGUAUUAAAGAGUAAUGGUUUCCCAAUAUGAAUUCCUGAAACUUUAUAAUGAGAUAUAGAACACUGUGGUCUCUAUUCACUAAAAGGUUGGAUAAACCCCUUUCACUUCUUAUAUUUUCACGAUAACACUGAUUCACCAUGCCCUAGUACCUCUUAAAUAUAAAAAUUAUAUAUAUUAUUCAAAAUAUAUCUGAAAUACUGGUUGGAAUUGAGUGAAUACAUGGCUUCUUGUGUCCAAAGCUGCAGUCUAGAAUUACAACUCCCUCUAGAUUGAGCAGCCGCAUUUUUAAACCGAUGAAAAUAACAAAAUGGCAUUUCUAUCAAAGAAAAUAUGUUUAUAUGCAGUUGUUAUGUAUAAAAAAAAUCUUCUCAAUCUUUAUCCAUAGGUGAUAAAAAUAUUAAAUAAUUUUACAAUUUCACUAUUUUUUCACUUUAGCUCGAUGAAUCAGGAAUGUAAGUUGCCAAUAUCUCACAAAUCAUUACCCAAAGAUAUUUUCAGGUGUGAGUCAAGAUUUCCUUAUUUACUGACAAGAUCCUUGUGUUAAAAAAAAAAUGACAGAGCACACAAUUUACAUAGCAUUCUAUAAUUUCUGAAGGCCAGAUUGACUGCAAAUACAUAAAUAUAUCAAUCUUGUGAUUUAUGCAAGUUGGGCACAUGCUCAGCCAACACAUUUAGACUGACCUAACAGUAUCCUCAGGACAGAACUAACCAGUUCAUGUACCUAUUCAGGUAUUGUUAAAUUAAUAUAAUUUACAUGUGCAGUAACCCAUAACAACCAAUCAGGAAUUAGAUCAGCCUGCUGCAAAUAGAAUCCUAAAAGCAAAUUAACCCACAAACAUUUGUUUCUACACUACUCACAGUGCAGCUAAUUAAGAUUUUAUUUUUUAUGAAUUCUAUAUGUUUACACAUUGAAACAAAGCUGAUAUUGUGGAAAUAUUGGAACAGCCUCUGAUCAGGCGCUCGUAAUGGAAAUCUAGUUGUCUACAUACAGUUGUUUUCUAUUUCACAUAAGGGGGAAAGUACAGUAUUUCUAGUUUCUUCAGAUCUGCCAUAUUUGGUGCUUCAUUUCAUUCCUAGCGAUAUCAUUUCAAACCCAAGCAACCAAAAUAAAACAGUGUUCUCUCACGAGGUACAGCUGUACUAUAUGAUGUUUGGUACGAAAUACUAUAGGCUGUAAAUGUUAUGUUUAUUGAAAUUUACUGAUAGUAUUGUUUUAUAUUUUAUAGAUACAAUGCAUUCAAGACACCUACAGAAUGCUAAAAUUAUUUAUGGAUUAUAUAAACAGGUCCUGUUUUGACAAAAAUGAUUUCAAGGCAAAUUUCCUGAUACAGUGUUUUCCGUUCAUCUGUCAUUUAAGCCAAAAAAAAUAAAAAAGAAUUUGUAUAUAUCUUUUUUAUAAUAAUAUGCAAAAAAAAUACA